AUGGUGACCCAUGUGUCCCCAAUCCAUGUGAUCAUGGACAAUGCGUUUCAACUCAAGACAACUACAGCUGCAGUUGUGAUUCCGGCUAUUGGGGAAGGAAUUGCUCCUACGAUCGGCGAAAUAAGUUCAAGCCGAAUUAAACUACCGUCCACAGACUGCUAUGGCUUACAGAAACAGGACCCAGGACUAUCAAGCGGUGUGUUUAACGUGUCGCUAUGGAGAAGUCACGUGACGAUCCCGGUAUUUUGUGACAUGUCGACUGCUUCAGGUGGAUGGACGGUCAUUCAGCACAGAUAUGAUGGCUCAGUGGACUUUUAUAGGAACCUUUCUGAGUAUACCCAUGGAUUUGGCGACGUCAGUACGGAGUUUUGGCUAGGCCUAAGUUACAUCAAAGAAAUAGCUGAUUAUGGAACCACUACAAUACGAAUGGAGGUCUCAGCGGCAGACGGUAGUACAGCGUAUGAUGAGUGGCCAGACUUUAGACUUGGUGCCGCGCCCAGGUACAUACUUUCGUUAAGUAGCCAGCGCGGAGUACUUGGAGGCGGAGAUCUCUACUAUAACAUGGGGAUGCCCUUUUCUGCCAAGGGAAGCAUCUGCGGUGAGAAAGACCGUGGAGGAUGGUGGUAUGACAACUGUGCGUGUAUCAACCUGAAUGGCGAAUACAUCACUCCGGGAACGGUGUCCACCUAUAACAGCGGCGAGGGUGGAAUGACCUACUAUGAAUAUCAGCAAUAUAAGUCCCUCAAAACGGCAAAAAUUAUGAUAAGAUGA